AUGAGAAGGGGUUAUACUAGACAAGCAUAUAUAGAGUUGGUGAACACUAUUCAUGAAAUAGUUCCAAAUGUUAGCCUUACAAGUGAUUUUAUCGCAGGAUUUUGUGGUGAAACUGAAGAAGAUCACUCUCAAUCUCUUGAGCUUAUUGAACGUGUUGGUUAUUCAUUUUGUUUCUGUUUCCCAUACAGUAUGCGUGAGAAAACCUUUGCAUAUCAUCAUUUAACUGAUGAUGUACCAAUUGAAGUGAAAAAACGACGACAUGACGAGUUAGCGAUGAUAUCUCGAAAUAAAAGUUUAGAGUUUAAUCAGAAACAAAUUGGCGCCAUUCAAAUUGUUUUAGUUGAAGGAUCCAUCUUAAGCAUUCCAUCAAUGAUUGGAUUUCGUACAAGUAUUGGGAAGAUCUCGACUGGAAUACGAACAUUUACAAAGGCAAGUUCUCUUUGUGCUCCCAUCCGUGACAAAAUCUAUAUUGAAGUUUAUGGGUGUCAAAUGAACCGUAGUGAUGCCAAUAUUGCUCAGAGUUUAUUAACAAAAGCUGGGUAUGCUAUUGUCCCGUCUGAUGAACAGUGUGACACUGUUUUGCUCAUGACAUGUGCCAUUCGAGAUAGUGCUGAAGUAAAGAUUUGGCGACGUAUUCAACACCUGCGAUCUCUUCAUCGUAAAUAUGUAAAAAUAGGUGUUCUAGGAUGUAUGGCCAAAAGGUUAAAGGAUAAACUCCUUAUGGAUAACAGCUGUAAAACCUCAAAAGCGGGUGAUCUUCAGUCAUCUAGUUUUGGUCACAAUAGUUUCAAUGUUGCCGCGGAUUUCGUUUGCGGCCCUGAUUCUUAUCGUGAUUUGCCGAAACUUAUUGAAGAUGCUCAUUCUGGACUAAAAGGUGCUAGCGUCGCGUUGUCUCUGGAAGAGACAUAUGCAGAUGUAACUCCUGUACGACGUCAUUUUACAACUGACGGGUCUUCAGACCCGGUUCCUUCUCCUACUGCUUUCUUAUCAGUUAUGCGUGGGUGUGAUAAUAUGUGCACCUAUUGUAUUGUACCUUUUGUCAGAGGACGUGAACGCAGUAGACCAUUAGAUUCAAUCCUUCACGAAGCACAAAGCUUAUUUAAUGAGGGAGUAAGAGAAAUCACGUUGCUUGGACAAAAUGUUAAUAGUUAUUGUGAUAAGUCGAAUACAGACUUACCAAUCAACUCGUCUAAAACGAUUUCAACACUUGUCCCUGGAUUCAAAACUGUUUAUAAACCAAAAGUUGGUGGUUUAAGAUUUUUUGAUUUAUUAGAUCAAGUAAGUCGGAUUAGUCCAGAACUUCGUAUUCGAUUCACAUCACCACAUCCAAAAGAUUUCCCAAAAGAGGUUCUUCAACUAAUUUCUGAACGUAAAAAUAUUUGUUCAAAUAUACAUUUACCAGCGCAAUCAGGCAGUAGUGUUGUUUUGGAAAACAUGAGAAGGGGUUAUACUAGACAAGCAUAUAUAGAGUUGGUGAACACUAUUCAUGAAAUAGUUCCAAAUGUUAGCCUUACAAGUGAUUUUAUCGCAGGAUUUUGUGGUGAAACUGAAGAAGAUCACUCUCAAUCUCUUGAGCUUAUUGAACGUGUUGGUUAUUCAUUUUGUUUCUGUUUCCCAUACAGUAUGCGUGAGAAAACCUUUGCAUAUCAUCAUUUAACUGAUGAUGUACCAAUUGAAGUGAAAAAACGACGACAUGACGAGUUAGCGAUGAUAUCUCGAAAUAAAAGUUUAGAGUUUAAUCAGAAACAAAUUGGCACCAUUCAAAUUGUUUUAGUUGAAGGACCUAGUCGUCGUUCACCAACACAAGUGUUUGGACGUAAUGAUUAUAACACGAAGGUAAUUUUCGAUCGAGAGGUUACAUUAACAGCAACUACUGUAAAUCAAGAUUGUUCGCAUAUGUCCUUCAAGCCUGGUGAUUAUGUGGUUGUUGAGAUUGUUGGUGCAACGUCUCAGACAUUACAAGGAAAGGCUCUUGGCUUGUCUACACUUGGAGAUUUUUGUGAAACAAAGUGGCAUAAUGUGAAUACAGCUAAAAUAAUGUAAAUCGUUUUUAUUUAUCAGAAUUUUACCUUGGGGUGGGUUCUAGCAUCGCAUUUAUCUUCUCACCUUUACUGUUAUCCCAAGUGAAUAUCACUAUCUAUAGCUGAUUAAGAAAUAUCGCGAUGUUUUAUCGCCAAUAGGAGCUGGUACCCUAAUGUGUUUCUAUGUUUUAUAUACAGGCGAUUUGGCCGAGCUGUAUCACCUGAAAUAUUUUUUGUUUGUAGCCCAAUUUAUUUGGCAGGCCAGCUAAAGAAAAGAUUAAACGAUUUUAAUCCUAGGCUCGAAGGUAACUAACAUCACGAGCUCCCCAUGAAAAUAUGGGGUUAUGAGGGGUCUAUCUUAAGAAUGAUACACAUCUCCAUGUGUAUCCGGUAACUGUAAAACUUUAGGAAUAUGUUGUAUUUCUAAAACUCACCAAUAGUAUUCAAAUGAAUGGUCGUAGUGCAUCACAGAGUGCUCUGGGAAUUUAAACUGAAUUAAAGUAUCUGUAGUCGUAAAGAGACUCGAGUAAUAUGAAAACUUAACGUUGAAAUAGGUCAAACGAGAUAGUUCUUCACAACUUUGUGGAUGUCCAUUGACUUAGGUGGUUGAGAGAUGUCAUCGCAUACCUGAUUAACAACGCGCUAUUCGUGCUAGGUUUAGUGGUUCUUGACAAAAUAUAUAGUAACCUAAAAACGAGUGGAUCCCGCAAAGUAGUAUGUUAAGG